AUGGAGAGCAGGCGUCGGAGAACCCCCCGCCCGGAGGACCAGAUGCGACGACCGCGAGAGAAGCUGGGAAAACAACAGAAACAUCAUAAACAAUAUCGACCAUGGCCUAUUGUGAGCUGGGCGUUGGCAGUGUCCCUCUUGAUUGUGUUGGCAUAUCUUCAAGGACCGGUGGAGUUCUCCCUCGACCGGUUAAUAUCGCCAAUUCAACACCCACAUAACCCUGAGCCUGAACCUGAGAAUGCGGCUGCUCUCCGCCCUAGAAUUGAGCUUCGCCCAGAGGAGCAUGCCCCCCGUCCAGCGGUAACACAGUAUCGGGAUUGGCGCAUUACGGGACUGUCCUACACUGGCGAGGGAAACCAACUGACCGAGAUGGGCAAAAACAAAGACCUAUUUCCGGGCCCAACAAUUGAGGCUCGCUCUGGCGAUACACUGGUCAUCACCGUCACUAAUGAAUUGCAAGAGGAGUCAAUUGCCUUACACUGGCACGGUCUCCAUGUAGCCAAUGCCAUGGAUGGCGCGGCAGGGGUAUCACAAUGUACCAUCCCUCCAGGAGGCCAGUUCGUCUAUAAUUUCACCAUCCCUCUAGACCAAAGCGGCACAUUUUGGUAUCACGCACACUCGGGUACCUCGAGAGCGGAUGGCUUGUACGGCGGUCUGGUGGUUCAUGCACCGACUCCCAAGUCUACCGUUCGGGGACUGAUUUCCCGUGAGCAUGGCCGCGACGAGUCGAGCUACGAUAAGGAGCUUCUGCUUCUCAUUGGAGAUUGGUAUCAUCGGCGAUCUGGGGACGUUCUUGCUUGGUAUAAGGAGCCAGGCAAUUUCGGGAAUGAGCCUGUUCCUGACUCCCUUCUGGUCAAUGGAGUGGGCCAUUUUGACUGUUCUAUGGCCGUUCCCGCUCGUCCGCUGGACUGCCUGGCCCAAUGGGUUAAUUCAUCAUUUCUUGACCUUGACCCGGACACGAAGUACCGGAUUCGUGUUGUCAACACUGGUGCUCUGGCUGGGAUUUCCCUCAUAUUCGACCAAGAGCAUCUAGACCUUAUACAGCUGGAUAGCAUCGACACAGCGCGCUCUGUGCAGAACGAUGUUAAUUCGAUUGGCAUUCUAUACCCCGGCCAACGCAUGGACUUUAUCCUUCACUCAUCACCAAAAGACCCGAAGCAAUCGUCUAUAAUGAUUUCUCUAGACGAAGAAUGCUUCAAAUACGUCAACCCAGCCCUAACACCCGAACAAACCUUCCAAAUAAACUACCUCCCCUCAUCCUCGUCCCCCGAAUCAGCGGCUAAGGGCAAACUCUCCGAACCCACAAUCCGCAACACUAUCAACCUCGACGACAUCCCAUCCUCCCCUUCAGUCCUCAAAAACCUCCCCCCAAAAGCACAGGAAACGCACAUCGUCUACACGAAGAUACAGAAAAUGGCCCGCAACGCCAACGUGCCAUUCGGGUAUUUCAACCAUACGUCCUGGCAGACACAGCAGGAUCCCCGCGUGCCGCUGAUUGCUCUGCCAAGGAGUCAAUGGGAUGAGAAUCAGUUCUCGUUUACGACUGGAAAGGAGACACAGUGGGUGGAUCUUGUUGUGAAUAACCUUGAUGAGGGACCGCAUCCUUUUCACUUGCACGGCCACCACUUCUACAUCCUAACAGUCCAAGAAGCGACAUUCGGCUGGGGCUCCUUCAACCCCUUCGUCGACGACUACCCACCAGGUCUAGAACCCGAAGAAACUACAGACAACACAAACGCAAAGACCUCCCAAGAACAACCCUACGACCUCACCCGCGCCUCCCUCCGCGACACAGUCCAGAUCCCCAGCCGCGGGUACGCCGUGCUACGUUUUCGCGCGGAUAACCCGGGCGUGUGGAUGUUUCAUUGCCAUAUUCUGUGGCAUCUUGCGACGGGGAUGGCUAUGCUUAUUGAUGUACAGGGUGAUCCGGGUGGAGUUGUAGCUCAUGUCGGUUCAAAGGGGAUCUGUUCUGGCUGA